UCCAACCAGUCUACAUGCUUUUUGUGGACUUGGAGAAGGCGUUCGACCGUGUCCCUCAUGGAGUCCUGUGGGGGGUGCUUCGGGAGUAUAGGGUACCGAACCCCCUGAUACGGGCUGUUCGGUCCCUGUAUGACCGGAGUCAGAGUUUGGUCCGCAUAUCAGGCAGUAAGUCGGACUCGUUUCCGGUGAGGGUUGGACUCCGCCAAGGCUGCCCUUUGUGACCGAUUCUGUUCAUAACUUUUAUGGACAGAAUUUCUAGGCGCAGCCGAGGCGUAGAGGGGGUCCGGUUUGGUGGCCUCAGUAUUGGGAUGAGAAUCAGCACCUCCAAAUCUUCGACCGUGGUCCUCAGUCGCAAAAGGGUGGCGUGCCCUCUACGGGUCGGGGAUGAGAUCCUGCCCCAAGUGGAGGAGUUCAAGUAUCUUGGGGUCUUGUUCACAAGUGAGGGAAUAAUGGAACGGGAGAUCGACAGGCGGAUCGGUGUGGCGUCUGCAGUGAUGCGGACUUUGUAUCGGUCCGUUGUGGUGAAGUAGAAGCUAAGGCGAAGCUCUGGAUUUACCAGAUGAGGUGGCUGGGGCGUCUGAUUCGGAUGCCUCCCGGACGCCUCCCCGGUGAGGUGUUCCGGGGUCUCCUCCUGGUGGGACGUGCCCGGAACGACCCGGGACACGCUGGAGAGACUGCGUCCUUCGGCUGGCCCGGGAACGCCUCUGGAUCGCCCCGGAAGAGCUGGAUGAAGUGGCUGGGGAGAGGGAAGUUUGGGCGUCCCUGCUGAAGCUACUGCCCCCGCGAUCCGACCUCGGAUAAGCGGUAGAAAAUGGAUGGAUGGAUGGAAGCACAGAAACAAAAGAAAUGACAUUACAGGUACAGUAUGCAUUUUUGAAAGAGCUAGCAAGAUUUGUGGCCUCACUUCAGUCCCGUCCACGCCUCCAGCGGCCCUGCCCUAAGAAAUGCCCCUGACUCACUAAACUUGGGGGGGAACUUUUUUUUUUUUUUUUUUGGUCGCACAUUGUGUACGCAAUGUCCAGAUUAAAUAUGUUAUCUAGUAUUGAAAAAGACUGAAACAUCUCUGUGAUGCAGUCCAGUUUUACUGUGUAUAUAAAAUCCGACAUUUUUUGGGGGCUAAAGCUCUUGUAAGGGUCUGUUACGCGGCUAAAAUGUUCUUGCUGUAAAUUGACGGCAGGGUGCCGGAAAUGCCACCGGUGCUUUGGUGGGCCUGGAGGAGGUGCAGCAGAAAAUGCGCCGAGCUUGUCGAGGCAACAUGUCUGAUGUCCUUUUUUUGCGGCUCCUCUCCUCAGCACCAGCGCACGUCAGCUCUGUCAAGUUAACACACGUGCUCAACUACACCGGAAGUGAUCGGGCAUCGCCACAAUAAUGACGCGAUUGAAGGCGCUCUUAUUUUAUACGCGCAACCAAGGAAGCGUACGGGAAAGCACGCCGUUAUUGCAGAAAAGAAUCGAGAUCGUGUUUGCUGCGCCGGUUUGCAAUUCCAAGCCUAGGCUAACACGGCAAUAACGGAAGUACGUGGCGUGAACCUGCGCCGCUGGACGCAGAUCUCAGCCCAACCCCUCCCGAAACCGUGACUGGAGGGGAAGGACGCGGGGGCCACGGCGGUGACGCAGCAAUCGGGACUUUUGAUUGCACGACACGCGUGUCGAAGCUCGGGCGCUCCUGCGUAACACCGGAAGACGUCAGCAUCGUUUUCGGGCGGAUCACUCGGAUACACUCCCAGCAGAGUCUCCAUCAUCAUGAACUACCUUCGUCGCCGACUCUCCGACAGCAAUUUCAUGUCCAACCUGCCCAACGGCUACAUGGGCGACCUGCAGCGCGCCGAGUCCCCGCCCCAGCAGCAGCCGAGCCCCGCGGUGUCCCCGGGGCCGGCGGAGAGGCGCCAGCCCGGCAGCCAGCAGCAGUCCGCGGCCGGUGGCUCCGGGGGCUCCGGGGGCUCCGGGGGCUCCGGAGGCUCCGGCUUCUUCUCGUCCAUAUCCAACGCCGUCAAGCAGACCACGGCGGCCGCCGCGGCCACCUUGUCCGAGGCGGCCGACCGGGCGGGCGUCUCCGGCAGCGCGAAGAUCCUCCUGGUGCUGGACGACCAGCACACCGACUGGGUGAGAGUUUUCCGAGGAAGAAAGGUCCACGGUGGUGAAUAUGACAUCAAGGUCGAACAGGCCGAAUUUUCUGAAAUCAACCUGGUUGCCGACUCGUCGGGCGCCUACACGGUCAGCGUUGAUGCAAUUCGGAACGGCCAUAAGGUUACGAAAUCCUUUAAACCAGACUUCGUACUGAUCAGACAGCAUGCCUUCAGCAUGGACAAGAAUGGAGACCACCGGAACUUAGUGAUCGGCCUGCAGUACGCGGGACUGCCCAGCGUGAACUCUUUACACUCCGUCUACAAUUUCUGUGACAAACCAUGGGUGUUUGCGCAGAUGUCAAGGCUGCACAAACUGCUGGGCGCAGAGGAGUUCCCACUGAUUGAGCAGGUUUAUUAUCCAAACCACAAGGAAAUGAUCACGUCCUCUCGGUUCCCUGUAGUGAUAAAGAUGGGCCACGCUCAUUCAGGAAUGGGGAAGGUGAAAGUGGACAAUCAAUAUGACUUUCAAGAUAUUGCCAGCGUUGUGGCCCUGACCAAGACCUACGCCACAUCUGAGCCAUUUAUCGAUGCCAAGUACGACGUCCGCAUCCAGAAGAUUGGUGACAAUUACAAGGCCUACAUGAGAACAUCCAUUUCCGGCAAUUGGAAAACCAACACCGGCUCGUCGAUGCUGGAGCAAGUGGCCAUGUCAGACAAGUACAGGAUGUGGGUGGACACUUGUGCCAACAUCUUUGGAGGUUUGGAUAUCUGUGCUGUGGAGGCUCUCCACGGUAAAGACGGAAUGGACUACAUUAUCGAGGUAGACGACUGCUCCAUGCCACUGAUCGGCGACCAGCAGGAUGAGGAUCGGGUUCAGAUUGCAGAACUGGUGGUUUUGAAAAUGAACCAGACAAUUCUGCCUGCUUCGAGCUCCUCGGCAGGCCGCAUCGCAGCAGCGCAGAAAGCAGUGUCUCCUCAGCCUGUCUCCCAACCCAGAGUUCCACAGUCUCAACAGCGACCCUCACCUCAGGGCGGUCCUCAGCAAGGUGCUGCCGCGCAGGCCCAGCAGCCCGCGGCGAGCCCCGCUUCGGCCGAUCCUAGUUCCCAGGCCAAGGUCAGCCCAGCGCCUGCGGGCCAGGGAGCUCCUCAGCGAAGCCAGGGAGGCUCCCCUCAAGCUCAGAGGCAACAGCCUGCCAGUCAGCAGCAACAAAGACCUCCUCCGGGGGCCGCUGGUCAGAAACCUCAGCAACAGAGACCCGCACAGCCCCCCAGACAGCAAUCGCAAGGGGGCCAGCAGAGAAGCGCUGGCCAGCAGGGCCGCACCGGCGCGACCGCCACCCAGCAGCCGCGACCGGCCGGCCAGGGCCAAGGCCAGGGAGGUCCGGGGGGACGGCCCGCGCUGCAACAAAAGGCCCAGCCCCCACAAAAAGCCAGCCAGGACAACUGAAGUAAGUAGGUGGAGCCUGGACAAUCAUCACAUUAACAAUUAUUCAUUUAUGGCAGGCUAAAACAAGUGUACUGUAUAUGACCAAACAUUUUCUAACACUUGGCUCUCAUUUUUGUUUAUGACGUGAGCGUUACAUCUCCCAUCUUUCUUUUCGCGUUGAUAUGUGCACGAGAUACUGUAUAUUUCUUUUCAUUAUGAUUCACUGGAAUGUGCACAAAUGAUCAGUGCUUGGCCUUCAACAGUUUCAUAAGUGACAUUUCACAUCAAACGAAUACUCGUUGGACAUCAAAUUGCUUUUUGUCACAAUCUGCCAAUCCAAUUCGAAUUGAAGUGACAUUCCGUUCAUUUCUUUGGCUUUGUGGUGGUACAAUAAAACAAACAGGACCAAACAAAUGAUGACUAAAACUAAUUUGUAGUAUUUUCUUUUGCAGUCUAAAACUAUGUUGUUGUCCUUUAAUAUUGUAAUUAACACAUCCGCCACACAGUUCUGAGGUUGGGGGUUCGAAUCCGGGCUCUGUGUGGCCUUUUGUAGGAGCUCCCCCCGUGCUUGUGUGGCUUUUCUCCGGGUACUUUGUUUCUCACUCGCUUAUUUGUCUGGCCCUGCGAUUGGCUCGCCCCCCGCCUCUCGCCCCAAGUCAGCUCGUCCUCUCUUUCUCCUCUUUUCUCCCCACGGUCCAGUCUUUUCCCUCCAUGGGUUUGCCGCAUGUCGUUAUUAGCCUCUUCCUCUCCUCUAUUGCCAUCUCUCUCUCUUUAUCGCAAAUCGCAGUCGCUUACAAAUACCUUCAACAUUCCAGAAACCCCAACGUCACGAGGCAGCCUUAGCCAGGAUGAAGUGAAGGCCGAAACCAUACGCAGUCUACGCAAAUCUUUUGCCAGUCUCUUCCCAAAGUGAGACGCCAUCGUCAUCGUCAUCGUCAUCGUCAUCAUCAUCAUCAUCAUCAUCGCCCACCCCCACUGAAAGAAAGUUGGCCCAGCAAACAGAAGGACCGAUUCAUUCUUCUCCUUUCCAGCAGGACGCACAUUCAUAUAAAAUAACCAUGAUAUUGAAAUAUGAAUGUUAUAGUUACUGCCUUGAAGACCACAUCUUCCAAAAUGAACAAAGAGUACUUUCCACUUAGGCAUUUAAGUCUGAAACAUUCCUUGCCAGGGCACAUCUUAAAUCAUUACACACACACACACACACACACAUAUGCACGCGUGUACGCACACACACACAAAGUCUGCAUAUGCAUGAGCACACACAAAUAAGAAUGGCAGCAAAAUAGAGAUGCCACUUGUUUAUUUGCAUAGCGCCUCUUAAGUUCCAACUUAGUGUGAUGAACCAAACAAGAGAAUUAAAGAGUCUCUUCGUUGUAGAACACAGGUGUCAAACUCAAUGCCCGGGGGCCAGAUCUGGGCCGCCACAUCAUAUUCUUUGAUUAUUGCUAAAAUCCGUACCAAAAUUUCAAAUACAUAAUAACGUUGCGAUAUCGCGAGCAUUUGUUGUUACCAAACACCUUUUAGAGUAACUUGAACAAACUAUUACCCUUGACCUCUGAUUUCAAAACUAGUUAGCCAUUGAUUUGUCGGGUAUAUGAAAAAUUAUGAUGAUCCGAUUCAACAUUUUUAUGGUUUCACAGUCUGAGGGAAACCGUAAGUACAAUUUGGCCCUCGACAAAAAUGGCUUUGAGGCCCCUGCUGUGUAAUGUAAUGUGUAAUGUUUAUGCUGCAUGUCAACAGGGGGGCAAUGGUUGCCUUUUCCAAUCCCGCACAUGUGUUGUCAUGUAGUUCAGAUUGAUCAAAUAAGCGUAGCCCAGUUAGCCUUGUAGAUCUUCUGAGUGUGUUUCCCCUGCAUUCUUUUUUGUUUUUUCUUUCUCUUUUUAGUAACUUAUUUUUUUACUUGCACCAAAACAAAAGCUAAAAAUGCCCAACCUAGGAUGUUCGGGACGUGCAUUUAUGUGGGUCUUCCAUUCUAGUAUAAUGUAAUUGUUUACCGACGAUGAGGGGAAAGCAUGCAUGCAAAUGAGGUUGGGGUGUUUUUCUUAUUUACAAUGCAUUUGCACACAGAGUUUACUGCAGAAUUAUACUUGAAAUCGGUGAAACAAACGGAUGUAUAAAGUCUAUAUUUUCAGGUUUUAGUCAACUACUGUACCACUUGAAGCAACAACUUGGCUUCGGCUUGGAAAACACAACAAUGCACCGGGCUACAGCACAGAAACUGUUGGCAGAGGCACUUAGCAGAAUAUUCACAUACAAUUGGAACCCAUCUGCUCAAUUUCAAAGCAAUGUAAAGUAGAAAUAUAUGGUUAAGAAAUGAAUAUGAUGCACUUAAUCCUGAAUAAUGAUUGCCUGUUUGUGAGCAGAGGGAUCCCCCACCC